AUGUUGUAUUUCUUCGUUGCAGAAACAAUUAUUGAACGUCUACGUCGUUCAAUAUGUACAACAAGUCAAGAUGUGGGUGUUGAUUAUGGUCGUUACCAAUGCUGGUUCAGUGAUGGACCGUGGAUGGUUCAGUGCACGGGUAAUGGUGAAAUAAAUGGAUGGAGAAAAAUUGCAAAAUGUGUCUCGACGUGUUUUGAACGUCGAGAUGACCUUCAACCUCAUUGUGUCUAA